AGUACGUACGCUGCUAGGAUUUCCCAGCCUGCGGAAAUUUCAAUCGACUGCUUGUAUCGAUGAUGAAAUUCGAUAAACGUUUGAGGAACCCGGAAGUAGGUAGAGAGUGAGACGUCUGCGCUUUUCCGCCUCUCUGCAAACCGUCGUUCCUUUCCGCUCCGCAGGAAUGUGUUGUGCAGUAAUGGAUCCUAAACACUGGGCGAUGGUCUGCCAGUGACAGGUCGCAACAUUUCUAGGCAGGAAUGAGACCCCCCCACCGCUGAGCUCAAGAUGAGAGAGUGGUGGAUUCAUGUGGGUUUGAUCUGCGUCCCGCUGGUAGCCGUCUACCUGCACAUCCCGCCCCCUCAGCUGUCACCUGCCCUGCAGAAGUGGCACAGCGCCGGAGAGGCCUUCCACUUCAGAGGCAGGGAGAUCUUCUACAGAGAUUCCUAUGGUGCUUUGGGAAGCUCCGAUGUCGUCAUUCUGCUCCAUGGCUUCCCCACCUCCAGCUUCGACUGGAACAAGAUCUGGGAGCCACUCACCCAGCGCUUCCAUCGAGUCAUUGCACUGGACUUCCUGGGUUUUGGCUUUAGUGACAAGCCACGACCCCACAGGUACUCCAUCUUUGAGCAGGCCAGCAUGGUGGAGGCCCUGGUGGCUCACUUGGGUCUGAGCAACCAGCGAGUGAAUCUGGUGUCCCAUGACUAUGGAGACACUGUGGCCCUGGAGCUGCUCUACAGGAGUGACCAAAAUCGUACAGGUCACCUGACCUUUAAUAGCCUGUGUCUCUCAAAUGGAGGAAUAUUCCCAGAAACACAUUACCCACGGCUGCUGCAGACGCUUCUGAAGGACUCCAGUUUUCUGGCUCCAGUUCUGACACGUCUCACCAACUAUAUGAUCUUCCAAAAGGGGAUUGGAGACGUGUUUGGUCCGUACACGCAGCCCACAGACGCUGAGUUCUGGGACAUGUGGACGGGUUUACGCUACAACGAUGGCAACUUAGUUUUGGACAGUAUUCUGCAGUACAUCAACCAGAGAUUAAAACACAGAGAGCGAUGGGUGGGCGCGCUCACUUCCACCUUCGUCCCACCCUCGGCCAGAAAGCCGCUGAUGCUAAGCUGCUUAAACUGUGAGGAGAAGCCUCGUCGUCCAUCUGUGAUCCUGAGCUCAGGAGGGGGAAGUGGGGUGCACAUGAUCUACGGACCCAUGGACCCAGUCAACCCUCAUCCCCAGUUCAUCCGUCUUUACCAGCAUCUGGUCCAGAGGUCAACAGUCACCAUUUUGGAUGAACACAUCAGUCACUACCCUCAGCUGGAAGAUCCCACCGGCUUCCUUAAUGCAUACUUCAAUUUUAUUCACUCUUUCUGAAGGGAUACCAAACGCAACGUCCGUGUUCAAGAAUGAAUUCAGAACCUGUACAAGCUGUAUGGUACUUUUGCAACACUUCAAAGUGAUAACUGGUGACAUGUGGUGCAAAGACCUUUCCCGAUGAUUGUGACCAGGAGAAAUGCAGCAUCAGUUAGAGAUUUAAUCAGGAAUGAUGGGCUAAUUUACUAAUUAUUGCCACUGGAAGACAUCAAAUGUGAGCCAGAAACAUGAUUAAUUGUGCUUAAUGCCACUGACUAAUCUGAUGGUGACCGUGUUAAUAUAUGAACCCUCAGAGGAAGCAUGAUACUUAGUUAUGUUUGGGUGUGUGAUUAUUGAACUUAUCUGUGGGACACUAUUUUGAUUCCCUCCGUUAUCUGUUGUUGAUUCCUGCAAUCAGCUGCACUAUGAAUGAAUUUUGAUAUGAUUUUCUACAUUUCUCUAUGUCAAUGAAAAAACUGUCAACUUUUCUUCAAAUAAAACUAGUUUUGUAAAAAAAAAAAAA